GAACCCAGGCGUUGUGCCCAUCCCCCCUGCCAUGUGGGAACUUCGGUCAACCUCCUUCUGGAGGGCCAUAUUCGCUGAGCUCUUUGCCACCCUCUUCUAUGUCUUCUUUGGUCUGGGGGCCUCACUGCGUUGGUCCCCUGGCCCCCUGCCUGUCUUGCAGGUGGCUCUGGCCUUUGGCCUGGCCCUGGCUACGCUGGUGCAGGCUGUGGGCCAUAUCAGUGGAGCCCACGUCAAUCCUGCAGUCACUUUUGCCUUCCUUGUGGGCUCCCAGAUGUCCCUGCUCCGUGCCUUCUGCUAUAUGGCAGCCCAGCUCCUGGGAGCCGUGGCUGGGGCUGCCAUGCUGUACAGUGUUACCCCGCCUGCUGUCCGAGGAAACCUAGCACUUAACACGUUGCAUCCUGGGGUGAGUGUGGGCCAGGCCACCGUGGUGGAGAUCUUCCUGACACUCCAGUUCGUGCUGUGCAUCUUUGCCACAUAUGACGAGAGGCGAAAUGGCCGUCUGGGAUCUGUGGCCCUGGCUGUUGGCUUCUCCCUCACCCUGGGGCACCUCUUUGGGAUGUAUUAUACUGGUGCAGGCAUGAACCCUGCCCGCUCCUUUGCUCCUGCCAUUCUCACUCGAAACUUCACCGACCACUGGGUAUACUGGGUGGGCCCAAUCAUUGGAGCGGGCCUGGGCAGCCUCCUCUAUGACUUUCUCCUCUUCCCUCGGCUCAGGAGUGUUUCUGAGAGACUGUCUAUCCUUAAGGGAGCCAGGCCCAGUGACCCCAAUGCACAACCAGAGAGCACAGGGGAACCCGUUGAACUGAAGACGCAGGCCCUGUAAAAGCUCCACCUGGACAGAGGGAAGCUUCUGGGUUUACAUGGAGGGGCUGAGCCAGCCCCUGGAUGAAGAAAGAGAAUGUGGGGAGGGGCAUGUACUUC